AUGGAGCAUCAGCGGUUGCACGGCAAAACUGGCACGAUAAACAACGACAAUCCUAUCUUGUGCUGGCAGGGCUACACGGUGGACACGACCCAUGUAACAGACAACAGCCAAUGGCCUUUGCCGUUUGUCCUCCCAGACACCCUCCCGCCUCAGUACCAAAGUGAUACCAUCCCGGACUGUUGUCAGCUCCUUUAUGCCACCAAUUGGCUUUUCAUCCCUGAUAACCACCACGACGGUCUUCACCAGACAUCACCUGGCUUUGGUGACUUGUCUUGUACGCAAAGCAACGUCUUUGAAACUCUUUCAUGCGCGGAUCCUCCCUCUCUGGAGACGUUGAAUUCUGGCACAUCAACGCCUUACACAACUCUUCACAUAACCCCGUCUGACGAAGAUCAAUGGACGCCACAUGUAAUUUUCGGAACCGAGAUGACGACAGGACAGUUGAUGAACUGUGGUGACAUCAGUCACAUGGAAUCUGAGCCGCUUGGCACCUGCUUUGAAACACGAGCUGUCCCCAAAGAUGCAGAUAACCUGGCCAGAGACCUGGGAGCUCAGAACCUCACGGGGCCGGUUCUGGUGCAUACAGACGUACCGGUGACAGUGCCGCAGCAACCGUGGCAGUCAGACGCAUUAAUGCCGCACCAAGAACAGGGGCCCAAUCACGCAGCCAGGCUGGCGCAGCCACCCGUCUACGGGUGCACCGAAUCACCGGCCAGCACAAAAAGCACCCUACCGUCUUCACUGGCUGGGAUUCAGGUCCAGUACCUGUCCGAGUCCGAGUUGAAGAAGAACGACCUGCGCCGGAGGAACAGGAUGGCCGCCUCCAAGGCCAGGGGGCUGAAGAAGGAGGUGACCAAAUACGAGAGUUUUGGUGAUCCGCUUAUUUGCUGA